AAACUAUUCAACCACCAUUACAGCAUUCAUUGUGCAAAUCGCUAGGUCCGUAUACGAAGUGAUUAUGCAACUCUUUUAGCCAUAACACUCUUAUAAGACAAGAAAUAAAGAGAAAAUAUCGGUGGAACUGGAACCGUGAAAGAGAGCAUAAACGUGCCAUUUACUGGUCUCUUCAUCUAUAACAUAUCUGGAGUAAAAUCAAGAAGAUUUAAACGAUGACAGUAGAGAAAAUGAUCAUGGAUCCUCCUGUUGCCGUAAAUCGGCAGACAGGACUUGUCCUUUUGCAAUUAAAAGAAGAAGAGGAAACCCAAAGAAAGGAGUUGUCGAAAUAUCAAAGGCUUUUAAAAAAUGAAGAUGAUGCCAACCUUGAGCUGGAAGCUACGAUCGACGAUCUACGACAACAGACUGAACAUUUACAAGAGCAAAAUCAACAGAACGAUAAGUUUCUAAAAAACUUUCAUGAUGAAAGCGGAGGCUCUGUCCAACGAAGGUCUGAGCUUCGUGAAAAGAUUAAAGUACUAGAAGAUUCAGUUCUCAGUUACCAUUCUUCCUUAAAGCAAGAUCAAGCACAAUUGAAAGCGAUAUUACAGGAAAGGGAUUUGGCAAAGUCAAUUGCACAGAAGUUGCAGACAUCUCUUAACGUUUUACAAUCACAGAGUAAUCCGCAACUAAUUCAGGACCUCUUAAGUGAGACGAAGGACUGUAAAUCAUCGGUUAUUGACCAAGUCGGCCAGAGUGCCGACCUACUUCAUCACUACGGUGAUAUCUCGAAUCGUAUGGAGAAAAUGUACACAUCUCUUGUAGAUACCAGUCGUGCUCACCGCGUCGCUCUCACCGAUGCUACCAAAUCGUACACUUACUUGUUUGACUCCAACCUUACUAAUACUAGACAUAAAGCAGAAGACAUUUCUGAUUCUGUUGAGAAAUUCCUUUCAAAACAACUACCUUCAUUACAAAGCGACUUUAUCGACUAUAAGUCUUUGAAAGACUUCUCUGGUUAACCACAUUCGUCAGUCAUAUAUAUAUAUAAUUUAUUUUUAUAUCCUCCCUUCGUUUUACUUAGAUUAAUGACUACCAUUCAAAAACUUGAUUCCUUUUCUACCGAAG